CACCGGCACUGCGCACUGCCGCCAACCGAGUGCUAUACGCUUUAAACACUUCACAGUUCACGUUAUAUGGCUACGCCGCCGUCGACCUGUGUAGCUGUGUUAUAGAAUAUAAUAUAAUAUAAUAUUAUUAUUGGCCGUACCGGUCUGCGCAUGGGACUUAAAGGCAGCUGGUAAGCGCUGAGCGGGGCCCGUGCCCCGUUGCCCGCGGAAGCGUCGGUCACGUAAGACGUAGAUAAACCAUAGCAGGUUACAGGUGUCAAUACACACAUGACGCACUAUUAUUGUUGCCGACCAGUAUAUUCACGGUAUUCCUAUAGGUAUAUUGUAAUUAGUACCUGAAUAAAAAAAGAGUGUGUUCGGCGGACAUUUGAGUAUUUCAUCGUUCGCGUGUACUGGCGUAGUGGCCAUAACUUUAAAUCGUCUGAAUCCGACUCGUUAGUGUAAAACAGUUUUUCAUAUAUUUUUAGCACAAAAAUUCGAAUUUGAACAAUACACGUCCGAUCAAGAUGUAUUCUGCCGAGAUCAUGCUUAAAAGAUUGAUAAACAUAAAACUAUUUAAAAAACAAUAUAUGCUAAGUAGUACAAUACCAGCUAACACUGAAGAGUCUGUUUAUCGGGGAAUCAAUAAAGUUAACUAUACCUCAAAUUUAGAUAUAAAUGAACCAUCGUUAAAUAGCCCAGUGCCUAUUUUUAGAAUACUGAAUGAUACUGGAGACAUUUUGAACAAUUGUAAAUCUAUAAUUAUACCAGAAAAUAAUGAAUUAAUUAAAAUGUAUAAAUCUAUGGUUUUGUUAUCUAUUAUGGAUAAAAUAUUGUAUGAAUCUCAAAGGCAAGGCAGAAUAUCGUUUUAUAUGACAAAUGAAGGCGAAGAAGCUGCACAAAUUGGUAGCGCAGCAGGAUUAAAUUCUAAUGAUCUAGUGUAUGGGCAAUACAGAGAAGCGGGAGUUUUAUUAUUCAGAGGGUUUACUCCUGAACAAUUUAUGAAUCAAUGUUUUGGUAAUGUAGAUGAUCUUGGUAAAGGAAAGCAAAUGCCAGUACAUUAUGGAUCCAAAAAUCUUAAUUUUGUAACUCUUUCAUCUCCACUUACUACUCAAUUACCACAAGCUGUUGGAUCAGCAUAUUCGUUCAAAAGAUCAAAAGUCAAUCGCUGUACAAUUGUAUAUUUUGGCGAGGGAGCUUCAAGCGAAGGAGAUGCACAUGCUGCAUUUAAUUUUGCGUCUACUCUGGACUGUCCAAUAAUAUUUUUUUGUCGUAAUAAUGGAUAUGCCAUAUCAACACCAGCAAAUGAACAGUAUAGAGGAGAUGGUAUUGUAAGUCAUGGUCCUGGCUAUGGAAUUGCUACUAUUCGUGUCGAUGGCAAUGAUAUUCUUGCAGUAUAUAAUUCAGUUUUAAAAGCUCGAGAAUAUGUUAUGACUCACACAAGACCCAUUUUAUUAGAAGCUAUGACUUACAGGCGGGGACAUCACAGUACUUCUGAUGAUAGUACAGCUUACAGAUCCAAAGACGAGAUUAAACAAUGGUCAAUAAAAAAUCCAAUUAUAAGAUUCAAGCAAUUACUUGAGAAAAACAAUCUUUGGAAUAAUCAAAAUGAUGUCGAGUAUGAAAAAGAAACUAAAAAACAAUUGAUGCAGUUAUUUGCAAUAGCAUCAAAAAAAAAUAAACCAAAUUGGAGAGAAAUGUUUAAUGAUGUUUAUCACGAAAUACCUAAUAAUUUGUUGGAACAAAUGAACUCGUUGGAAGAUCAUAUAUCACAAUAUUCUGAUCAUUAUCCUAAACAGUGAAAGUUAAGAAAUAUUGUUAAUUGUUACAAACUUUCAGUUUAAUAUUAAUGUAUGUAUAUUAUUGUUAUAAAAAUUUGAUGGAAACCUAAUAAACUUAUACAUGCGUGUUUUGAAUUAAGAAAA